AUGAAUGCUUUCGCAGAAAUCCAAGAUUCUGGUCCUGUCAUCCGCUGGGUGACAUCGUGGGCAGGGAAAAAUUCGAUCGUUACUGAAAUCUCUGGAAGUACGAGCUUGCGCUGCACGUUCAGGCAGAUCGUCCCAAAAACGAAUCGCCUUCCGGGUGGCUACGUUACAUUUGUAGAACAUUCUCUGGCGGGUGGGGCCUCUGGCCCUGAAGAGGGCAAUCCCGCAUGA